CACCCUCCUGGCUAAUGUGCUCAUCCAUCUGCACCCUCACCUGCUUCGGCGAGCUAGCGCUGGGCUCGGGGGCACUCGGUAGGGGGCUGGCCGGUAGGACGGGGCGCUCGGGAGGGACCGUUCGACUGGGGCAUGCUGUGGGGGCGCUCGACGCUCGGGGCCGCAGCUAGAGUCCCUCCCGUGCUGCCGUGCCCCUCCCGCCGGUGCGCCAGAGCCGUGCCGCUCGGGGGCAGAAGUCAAAGCGAGCGAGCGGGCCUGGUUUUCUGGAGAUGCAGGGAAAAGGAAGUUCCGCUUCAGUCUCGGAAAAGAUGCGGAAAGCUAAGAGAGGCAGGGAUGAUUUCACUAGAACCAUUCAUAGGUGCAAGACUGAGUGGGUUUCAGGUUGCUUCCCUGUGGACUCAACUCAAGAUGUUUGGGAUGGGCUCAGUGAUGUUCUAAAAUCAUAUUUGUCUAGAAGUGUCGCCUCAAUUGCUUUGCGUGAUGGAGACACAAUCUUAUUUUCAUGCUCGGGCAUAGCUAUGGAACGCCAGGGGUACAACCACAGGUUUCUGACUACUGCAGGUUUGGUUAGAGCUAUGAAUGAUACAAACAAAGACUAUGAUGACUUAGAGAUUGAAGUGCGCCAUGAAAGUCAUAAAGUAUUUAAGGGGUGUCUGGCUGAAUUUGAUUUACAUCGCAACUUUGCUGUUGUUGCUGUCUCUCGCUUGAAUGAUGUUCAGUUUGGACCGUUUCAACAUGCACUUGAAACUCUGCCCCAUGGUGAGGUUUUAGUAGCUGUAGGGCGUGAUGUCUCUGGUAAAAUAAGGGCCAAGUGCGUGGAAUUGAAUGGUGAAGGGAUAUCUGAGGAUGAUGAAGAUCUUCACUGUAAAACCUCAGAGGUUUGGGAAGGUGGGCCACUCCUUUUUGUUGAACAUGUUGUUGGCAUGAACCUUUUUCUGACUACGAGAAGAGCCAUUUUCCGACCAUGGGACAUAAUUCUCAAGCAUCUGGAUCAUUACUCACAGUCAAAAUGUUUGAAGGCUUACAGGUUUGGAGCAAGACCCCUAGGUGAGAAAUCUAUCACCUAUCCGCACACAGUACAAGGACAUUAUUAUUUCAAGGACCUAUCAUUAGAUCUAGACUCCAAGGGUUACCCUAAGUUACCACCAACCAUGUUAGGAGCUGGCAUGAUUCUAGCUAAUACGUUUGAAGAGACUUUUGGCGACACAUAUAAUAAAGGUGUCUGGAAAAAAAUCAACAAUGGAGCUUCUAACAUAAGACGCAAUGUUGUUGCACUGGCUUCAUUCACUGGAGGAAAAAGGUUUUUUGCAUGCACAGGUUUUUUUGUUAAAUGGAUGGGAUCUUCUAUUAUUUUGACUUCAGCAAGCUUGGUUAGAAAUUCUAAUGAUGACAGCAAGAUUGUUGAAAAUUUUAAGAUUGAAGUGUUGCUUCCAAACAACCAACGCACAGAAGGAACAUUACAACAUUAUAAUCUACAUUAUAAUGUUGCUCUAGUCAGUGUUAAGGAUUACCGUGAUCAUCGUGCAUUAAAUACUGUGCCUUAUUUUAUUGACCAUUUUGAGGUAGCAGCUGUAGGCCGUUGCUUUGAAUCAGGCGCAUUACUGGCUACUUGUGGGGAACUGGUUAACUGGACAGGCACACUUGAUUGCAAGUUCCUCAUAUGUUCCACGUGUAAAAUCACUAAUGCUGGGAUUGGAGGCCCACUUGUUAACCUUCAUGGGGAUGUUGUUGGCAUGAACUUCUAUGAUAAGAAAAUAGGAACCCCUUUUCUGGCAUGGGAGAGCAUUUGCACAAUUCUAGCAAUGUUUGAGAAAAGUAAACUUGGUGAAGUUGGCAAUGAUAGUGACCCCCCUGCACCUUUCUGGAAACUGCCUGGAGAUGAAAAUGUGUUAAACAGGUGGCCUGUCCCCAUGCCACACUGGCGCCAUCCUGACUUUUUGGAUGAGGAUAAAUCUGAUGACGAUGAUGACGAUUAUGUUGAUGAGUUUGGCAACAUGAAGCUAUUCCACGAGAAAUACACUUACAUAGAUGGAAUUAAAUAUAUGCUCUAUUAGUCUUAAAAUCUCCAUAUCAUUUGUAGUUUGAGAUGGUAGAAGUACCUGGAUUCUUGUUUGUUUGAAGUCUUUGAUAUGUGCUGCGUUUGUAUCUUGUAUUAAAUUAUUUGGUGCCAUAUUGAGUAAUAGCGCUUAAGGUUGUUA